AUGGACCCGAAAGCCUCCAGGCUCAGCUCCUGCCUCCUCUUGCCCUUCAUACCCUUCUCCGUGCAGCAUGGAGAGCGAAGCCAGCUUUCUUCAGAGAUUGUGCCCGAUCACCGGCUUGGGAAGAUGAGCCCGCAGUGGUACGGGACUCAUGGGGAAGGCUCCGAGGAGUGGCCUCGGAACCUGAGGGUCCAGGGCUGCUCGUGUGAGGAGAUGAAAACCACUAGGCAAAACUGUGUGCAGGGCCCUCAGCACAGCAAGGAGGCCCUGAACAGACUUAACCAAGCCAUCCAGCAGUUGAAGAAGGAAGUGGAGAAUGCUCAGAGCCAGCACUGUGAACUAGAGAAAGCCAAAGAUGUGGAGGCCGGGCCGCAUGUGGCCUCAAGCAGUGUUAAGGGCAAACUGGCCUGGCUGGAGGCCGCCCUGCAGCGGGCCAAGCAGGACAUGGCACGGCAGCUCCGUGAGUACCAGGAGCUCAUGAUCGUCAAGCUGGGCCUGGACUUUGAGAUCGCCAUCUACCGCAGGCUUCUGGAGGGCCAGCAGCAGAGGCUUGGUCUGGGACUUGGGGCAGGGAGCUCAGCUCCAGGCACCGAUGUCAGCCUAGGUCCGGGCCUGACCUCAGUCUCUGUACCACCUCGGGCACCCGGAGUCUGUUCCCGUGGCCUGGAUGUGAGCGCCCCCAGCGGUGUUUGCACUCUCUGCAGCUCCGCGGACUGUGCUGGAGGCUUUGGCUGCCGUGGCUCCUGUGGCUCCCAUGAGUGUUGA